GAUGAGUCCUGCACCGUGUGUGAUGUGUGUACGAUGAUGUGUGUGUGUGAGUGAAAUCAGAUCCACAUACACGGAUAUUUCCGCAUCUCCCAGGAGCUAUUUCAGGAAAUCUUUUAGACUUGAGUUCUCAGUGAGCGUAAUGUACGGUUUAACAUGUUGUCCUGGAGCGAUGUGGACAGUCUGAGGUAGUGAAACGUGGAGUCAGUGAACUUUUCACACCUUUUAUACUUCCUCUCCUUACGAAAACACACACCUGGUGUCCUCUCCAUCACGUGUGUCCAAGAUUGAGCGUGCUUUGCUGUAAAUCUUUUUUUAAAAAUGGCCGACCCGUAUCAAAACAGCUAUCACCACGGUGACGGUUACCAGGCUGAAUACCAGGAGGACGAAGAUGCGGCAAGCGAUGUCACUGAAGGCCAUGAUGAGGACGACCAGAUGUACGAGGGCGAGUACCAGGGCAUCCCGCACCCAGAUGAGGUCAAAGCAGUGAGGUCAAAGGUCAAAGUUCAUGCUGCUCAGGACGAAGAUGACGGACUGCCAGAGCAGUAUGAGGAGAUCAUACAGGACUGUGGACACGGACGCUUCCAGUGGAGUCUGUUCGUGGUGCUCGGCUUGGCGCUGAUGGCGGACAGCGUUGAGUGUUUCGUCGUGGCAUUGGCACUUCCCAGUGCCGAAAAGGACAUGUGCAUGUCCAAUGCGGAGAAAGGCAUGCUGGGUCUGAUCGUUUUCCUGGGAAUGAUGUUCGGAGCAUUCGUUUGGGGAGGAAUGGCUGAUAAAACGGGACGACGGAAAUGUCUGAUCAUUGCUCUAACCAUCAACUGCAUCACCGCCUUCCUCUCGUCCUUUGCUCAGGGAUAUGGGUUCUUCAUCUUCUUCAGACUCAUCUCUGGCUUUGGGAUUGGCGGCUCCGUCCCGAUCGUGUACUCGUAUUUCUCAGAGUUUCUGCAGAUGGAUAAGAGAGGAGAGCACCUCAGCUGGCUCUGUAUGUUCUGGAUGAUCGGUGGAAUUUAUGCUUCAAUCACUGCCUGGGGCAUCAUCCCUCAUUACGGAUGGGGUUUCAGUAUGGGUUCGGAGUUUCAGUUCCACAGUUGGCGUGUGUUCGUGUUGGUGUGCGCUCUACCGGCCAUCGCUGCUCUCAUCGGCCUCAUGUUCAUGCCUGAGAGUCCGCGCUUCCUGCUGGAGCAUGCUAAACACGACGAGGCCUGGAUGAUCCUGAAGCACGUUCACGACACUAACUGGAGAGCGAAAGGAGAACCGGAGAGAGUGUUCACCGUUUCACAGAUCAAGACCCCGAAGACUCACGAGGACGAGUUUUUUGAGAUUCAGACCUCCACAGGAACGUCGCUCCAGAGAUGGGCGGUCCGCACACUGACUCUUAUCAAACUGGUGUUGAAGAACGUCAUGUCGCUCUUAGCUCAUGAUCUGAGACUCGCGACUCUGCUCAUGGCUGUUAUCUGGUUUACGAUGGCUUUCAGUUACUACGGAUUAGCCGUGUGGUUCCCGGACAUGAUCAAGCUCCUCCAGUAUGAGGAGUACAAGCCCAAGAUGAAGAAUUUCACCGGCGAGAAAAUUGAAAACUUCUACUUCAAUUUCACCCUGGAGAAUCAAAUCCACCGAGACGGAAAAUACAUCAACGACAAGUUUAUCGGCAUCGAAAUAAAGUCAGUGAAGUUCGAGGACUCGCUCUUUGAGGACUGUUAUUUUCAGGACAUCUGGUCGACAGAUACAUGUUUUGAAAACUGCACCUUUAUUUCCACCACCUUCAACAACACCGAUUUGCGAAAGGAGAACUUCAUCGGUUGUACCAUGAACAACACGAGCUUCCUCCACCCCAAACAGGGCUGCCAUCUAAACGUCCAGGUGGAGAACGAUGUGCUCAUUUACCUGGUCAGUUUUUUAGGAAGUCUGGCUGUGCUUCCUGGGAAUAUCAUCUCAGCGCUGUUCAUGGAUAAGAUCGGAAGAGUUAAAAUGAUCGGAGGUUCCAUGCUCAUCUCCGCCGGCUGCACCUUCUUCCUUUUUCUGAGUUUCAGUCAGGCGGCCAUCAUCGCCUUGCAGUGUCUGUUCUGUGGCGUCAGCGUAGCGGCGUGGAACGGCAUCGAGGUCAUCACCGUGGAGAUUUACCCCGCCUCGAAAAGAGCCACAGCAUUCGGAGUCCUGAACGCAGUGUGUAAACUGGCAGCCAUCUUGGGCAGCUCCAUCUUUUCCUCAUUUGUGGGGGUCACGAAAGUCAUGCCCAUCCUCCUGUCCUGUGCUGCACUGGUGUGUGGAGGACUGCUGGCUCUCAAACUGCCUGAGACCAGAGAGAAAGUUCUGCCGUGAUGGGAAAACCACACACACACACACACACACAGGCAGUGCUGAUAGGAGGUCCCUAUCUGAAACACUUGGUUCACGCUAACUAGAAAAGACACAAUAUCAAAAUUUAUCAUCAAUAAACUCACAAAAAAUAUCCAGAGACCAAAAACAGUGUAAAGUGUUGACGACUUUAUUCCCGGUGUCCCAGACCAUCUCUGCAGAUUUUAUCAUAAUACAAAUAAAUCAGUAAAAAACAACAACAGCUGGUUAAAUAACAUCACCACAAACUAAUUAUUAACAUGAACACAUUUUUACUUCAGCUCGUCACACUCGGAACAACACCAACAUCAAAAACAUUUAUUUGAUGAUGAAACAGUAACACACCUAUUAGAAUGUUGUUGUUUUUUUUCACUGCACAAAGUACUGAAAAUUUUGGCACCAGAAAGUAUACAAGACCUCAUGCAGGAACUCACGG